AUGGUCCGCGCCAUGGUGUGCGCCGCGUCGUGUCUGGUCGCGCUGCUGCCGCCGCUCGCCGCCGGCGAGAUGAACGCGGGCUGGUCCUGCGACGGCCCUUUGCCGUCGGUGCACGGCCCGUCGAGCGGCGACCUCGUCGCGGGCGAGAUCGAGCUCCUGCUCCACAGCACGCCGCUGGACCCGCGCGAGGCCCACGCCGAGGUCCUCGGGUCGACGGUCGAGCUCGAGCUCGUCGCGCCGCCGGGCAUCGACGGCCUCGAGGGCUUCCUCAUCACCGCGAGCAAGGGCUUCGUCCGCGCGGCGGACCUCAACGGCCAGCGCUCGGACUGCACGCACGGCGGCGUCACCCACGUGCCGACGCCGUCGAAGAAGCGCAAGUACACCGUCGACUUUGGGCUGCCCCACAAGUACGGCGACGUCGACCUCAAAGUCGUCGCGCUCGCCGGCUCGCGCGAGUGGUACGAGUCCACGCUCCACUUCUACGCGCCCGGCGCGCCCGCGUGCGAGCGCGAGUGGGUCUACCGGGCCCACGCGCUCCGCGGGGCGCGGCGCGUGCGCGACGCCGACGCCUGCUUCGACGACCACUGCUCCGUCUGCAUCGAGGGCGGCGCCCUGAUCUGCUGCGUGAGCUGCCCGCGCGCCUUCCACGUCGCGUGCCUCGAGCGCCACGUCGGCGCGGCCUUCUGCCCGGGCGCGCCCGCGCGCGUCGCGGACCUCGGCGACCGCCCGGCGAAGAAGCGGAGGCGCGCGCACGCGGCCGCGGCGCGCGCCGUCGUCGCCGCGCCCGCGGCGGGCGACGACGGCGACGACGCCUGGCACUGCCCCGCGUGCCUGGCGAGCCACGCGGAGACGUGCGUCGUCUGCGGCGAGGCGGGCGACGGCCUGUGUGGAAUUCAACCACUGGUUUGGGUGGUCCUGACCAAACUUGAGAAUUCUCUAGCUCGGUCAAAUCGAAGUCGAUUCGGCUGA